GUCUUUCGUUAAUAUUCAAUCAAUUAAAAAGUAUAGCAUUCUCCAAUAAUCUUUCUCACCAAUCGGUCAAAGUAAUCAUUUUGAAACUCGCCUGUCUUUUUGUGCGUUAUGGAUUAUGGCGAUGCAAUUAGAGAAGUUGAUAAAAAAAGCACAAAAAGCAAAAACAAGGCCGCAAUGGCCCGGAAGCCAUGGCAAGCAGACGAGAUCCAAAAGACCGCUCCAAACGCAAUGGCGAAGUCAUUCCUGGUGAAGGCUCACAUACCACUGAUUCAACCCCAUCUAGAUCUUCGAAAGAUCGCUGCAAGGACGAACAGGAUCCAGAAGGUCAAGAAAAGGUCCGAGGAUUUGGUAGAAUCAAAAACUUUGCAUCAACCACCAGCUCAAGAAACAAGAAAGGCGAUGGCGAAGAUAGUUCUGCAUUUCGCGAUGAAAUGGCAUCGAUAUAAAAAGAAAUUGAAAUUAUUAUAGAGGAAAUGUUAGAGCUCGAGGUUGAUGAGUCGAACAAAUCUGACAUAGAAAACGAAGAAACAUCGUUCAUGAAGGCAGAUCAUCUGAAGCCAAUUAAGAUAUGCUUCAGGUUUUACAACCCCCUUCGCUUAGAAUUGUACUUUUUGACAUACUUUGAUCAAUCGUUUUUAUUCAAUCAAAUGAUUCGUUAUUGUUAUACUUGCACCUGCUUCACUUCCCGUCGUAUAAUGACCUAUAUUGACUGGAGUCGCUCUGGCUAAUUAUCUGGUUGCACGAAGCGCUCAAUUGUUUGUAUCAAUCUUAUGUUGAUUCUUCUGUAAACGUCUGUCGUAUGAUGCGGAUCAAUGCUUUGCGAUUUAGAGGGCCAUCUAUCUCUAUAUCAAUUACUCAAUGUUCGUACACACA